AACAGAUCCCCUGUCUCUCGAUUUCUGACUCACCUCCUGGUUGACGGCGAGAGCGCACCACUUCUGCUUCAAUCCCUGGAUCUCUUGCACAUGGGCUUCUUCUGCGUCCGCCAGCCACGGUGGGUGGCACGUUAUCGAUAAGAAUCAGGCACCGCACUGUUUCAGCGCAUUCAGACCCUCAUCUCUCCUGCUGCCCAAACGUCCUGAUCUUGCUCGCGGUGGCAAAAUGGAUGCCUUUCUAACCCGGCUCACCCAGCAGGCGAUGAACUAUGCCAUCCGCUCUGGGAUUGCCAUCACUGCCAAAUAUGCUAUCAGUCAGUCCGGACGCCUGUUGAAAAACGUGGACAACAGUGAGGAGAAAGACGAGUUGCUUACGCUGCAGCAGCGACUUGAAAGCAAGAUCCAGGUCAUUUCCCCCGCUAUUGACAUGAUCGAGCUGAUUGCUGCCCGAGGGAACACAUCUCUAGAAUCUGCGGUGUCACUCACUAAAGCUCUACGAUGGGAUAUUCAAGCUCUUGGCCAACGACUUGCGAAUGCCGCCGCAUCUGAAGAGCAAUUUCGGAGGGGAGCAAAGUCUGCUGCCAGCCGCGCUCAGAACGAUGCGGAAUUCAAGCUCAUCAUCAAGGACAUCAGGAAGCUUUUGAUAAGGAUUGAGGAUGCUGUGCCCCUGAUGAAUCUGGCAAUCACCACCUCUGGGGCCAAGCUAUCCACUAACCUACCAUCGUCUAUCUCGCCAUCCCGACUCCUACAAGCUAGCACCUUCCUUACUGCUGGUGACACGCAGUAUUCAAUGUCCCCUUCACAGGCCGUCCAGAUCGGUCCUACCUUCACUUUGUCGGUGUAUAUGCUUUACGCGAGUCAUCUUCGACCCCAUGACGAAGAGGGGAUUCGCGAAACGACUUGGAAGGAGGUCAUGCACAAAGCCCGCCUAAAGCUUCGUCGAGUACCUAUGGACUUGGCGACCAAUCCGCAGGCCGCACAAAAACGUCACCUAUACCCUGCUGAGGCAAGAGUGGACGAGUUCGCCUAUCAAUUACUCAUCAUUGAAGACUUGGACGACGGUCGAGUUCACACGUUCGACGACGACGAGCCUUGCCCGCAAAGCUACGAAGACGUCAAUUCCGCUGGAAUACGUGAAAUACUACCCAUACACCAAAUCUCCAAGAUAUUCUACGCCGACACGGGCAAGAUAUUGAACAUCAGCACGGAGGGUGAAACGAACAACCCCGUGUUGCUUCUGAAACGAGAUGUCAACGCCAUCCCUCCCCGGCGGAUGGUGGAGCGAGAAGAGACCGCCUAUGACUCUACACAGGAGGACUCCGAUACAGAGGAAGCAGACGAGGAUCAAGCACAGCUGGACGCCCAAUUAAACGGUGCAAACGCUGCUCCCAUGAAUGCCAGCUUCCACGAAACCUCUGUUCCCGACGAAUGGCGGCUACCCAAGGAUCUAGACCCGGAGUGGAUCGCCUUCGAAGUCUACAACGAAGAAGAAUCAUCAGACGAUGAGUCCGACGACGAGAAUCCCAAAACGCCCGCCAAAGAGUCAUCGUCAUCAACCCUCGACCCCGAAAUGAUGGCCAAGCUCUCUCUCGACCCCGGCAGUGCCAAAUCCACCCCCUCCAACCACCCCCACCACCAAGGCAUGUCCCGCCCUUCAUCCUCGUCCCAAAACAUCGCCACCACCACCGUCUCCAACCCCCAUUUCAACAACAUCCGCACCUCCCUCUCCCUCCUCGAGACCCUCCUCCGCCUCAUGUCCCUGCAACAGUUCCAGCAACAAUCGCACCUCUCCAUCAGCGACGAACUGCUCAACUUCUUCCUCGAAGAGUCCGCGACCACCGGCGCCGGUGGCGACGAACAGCACCGCCAGCGCCUUCGCGCCGACGCCCGUCGCAGAGUCGGCUGGGAUCCCUACGACGAGAGUCCCCUCAAACGUCGCGGCGAGGACUAUCAGUAUACCUGGGGCCCGGACGGGACGCCGCGCGGCGGGGGCGAUUAUCCGUAUUCGCCGAGUGACAGGAUGCGCGGGUUUAGUCUUCGCUCGAGGGAGAAUACGCCCGAGACGCCGUUGCGGUCGAGACGUUCUACGCCCGCACGCGCGGACGUGCGUCAGCCUAGUUCGCUGCGCAGCUCGUCAGUUCAUCCGGAUGAGUCUGAGAGAUGAUUUCUUGUCGCUGGCUCGGUUGUUUCGGAUGAUAUGUUGAGAAUGGGAAGGGACUCGCAGGUUACUAUGGACGUUUUAUGAAUAGAAUCAUGCAUGCGCAUAUCAAUAGAAAUGAU